CAGAUACAACACUUACGAUGAUGUGGGCAUCGCUUGUCUUGCUGGUGCUGCUCUCGAUGCGCGCUGCUCGGGUCGAUGGCGUCGCCGGGCCGCUCCUCACCUUCAGAGUCACGGACCCGAUCACCGGCAACUCCGUGGAGUGCGACCGCUGCGCCCCCGGGACCUACCUGCGCUCGAGCUGCACGGCGACGAGCAGGAGCGAGUGCGCGCCGUGCCCGUCGGGCUCGUUCACGGAGCUGUGGAACUACAUUAGCAAGUGCCUGCGCUGCGGCGUGUGCGGCCACAACCAGGUGGUGAAGACGCCGUGCUCCGCGUACAGCGACUGCCGGUGCGAGUGUAAACAGGGAUACUACACGAAGUACGACAUAUGCUUCCGACACAGCGAGUGUCCGUCCGGGCAUGAGGUGCUGACCAGAGGUACAGCCGAUGAUGACACCGUGUGCCAGAGUUGUCCCAACGACACCUACUCGGACACCGUCUCUGCCCACCAGAACUGCACGCUACACAAAAGCUGCGAUGCUCCGGGGAUGGAGCUGGUGCUGAAGGGCUCCGUCUGGCACGACAGCGUGUGCACGAGCUGCACUGAGGUCAAAUCCAAAGACGGAGGCGACUACCUCAAAGAAAUCCUCCCGGCUUUCUUUGUCCACCAGAAAAUCAACAUCAGACGACUGCGUCGGAUUUUGCACAAGCUCCCGUCUGAGGACGGUAAAAAACAAGGAGCUUCAGGACUCGGCCUCUCUGAUAUUCAUGUACGGAUCAACAAGUGGGUCGCUUCUGCCACGGCAAGUCAGAUUCGGCAGCUGCCAUCGAUAGUAACCAAAACCGGAGCGGUCAACACUGGUGAGAGACUACAGAACAAGCUGCAGAGAAUCGACUCGACUCUGAAGGAGCUGUGUGAUUUGAGGAACGAGGUGGAUGUAAAUGUAAUGUCAGAGUAGGCUGAAGUAGAACAUAUUUAGUUACAGAUAGCAAAGAGUCUGACUGGUCCAAACACACAUUUGUAACGAUUUCAAAAGUUGCUGCCUUCAAGAUGCACUAUCAAUAAGGGCUUUAGACAAUACCGGUUAAUUAGAGAAAUAGUUACUUUACUUCUAUCUGCAUCGAGCUGAUUAACGUUCACUGCACUGGAUUUCAGUUGUUUGUUGUUUUUCCUUCUUUAGCAACGAAUCCAAACUUGAUUGUGUCACUUAUAGCUGGAAUGACCUGCUGUCCUGAAAUUGAUUUUUACAAAGUAAAUGUAUGUUACAGAAAACUAUUGCAAGGAAACAUGUUUUUAUUUCAAGUCAGCUGAUGAUAAUAUAAUGUAAUGUAAUAUAAUGUAAUAUAAUACAGAUCUAAUAUAUCGUGUUCACUCUCAAGCAUGUGUAGUUCUUGUCCUCGGGAGUAUCCUCAUAGUACUGAUUGAAGUAUUACUGUGGUCGUAUGUUCCCCUUUCGGUAUCUAACUGUUUAAGGUACAACAUUUUCUGUAAAGAUACUCCUCCAUGUUACAACUGAGUCCUUAUAGCAACCAGCGUAUACACCAGAAAACACAAAUCAGCAGUUUGAUUUCUGGGAGUGAAAGCAGAUGGAGAACCUGAACAAUUUUUACCAACCAAAAAUCCUCACCGUUCUUACCCUUUGAAUAAUAAAAAGUGGGGGCCUUCAUUAUAUCUACCUCUUCGCAGUUAAACAGUUUUUUUCAUUUUAUGUAUCAGCUAAAUAGAGAGGAAUAGAGCAGAGGAGCUCUUGUGUUUGCUUUUCAUGAUUUAUAGAGAAUGCGUAGAACUGUAUGCUAGUGAAGCUGAAGCAUGUGUGGUGCCUGAAUGACUCUUUAAUAAAAGUAAUUGUAAAUAAAUUCAUCGGUAAUUGCUUAAUUUUUUAAAUAAUGUAUUCAUUUCAUCAUAAGAAACAGAGACCAAUCAA